AAUUCAAAAAGAUCAGGAUCUAGAGACACCGGAAAGAUAAGUCUAAAUGCGAUCAGUUGCAAUCACUAGCGUGUUCUGAACACCCGACAAUAGUUCCAUAUAUACAUCGCAGGAAGUGCCUAUCGUGUAACUCGGAUCGGUUCAACUCCAAAAGAAAAUUGCAAAGAUGUUGUUCAGUACGCUCUUGGAAGCUGCUCAAAACUCGCCGUUUAAAUCUCCGCUCAGGACUGUGUAUUGCGAAGCAGCGCCCUCACCGGCCACAUCCGAGGAGAGAAGCGUUCUCGUUCAACAACCACAUAUACAAGCUGCCGCUGCUGCUUCAGGAGAUUCCUGUGAAUUUGGCUCACUGCAUUACUUUGCUCUAUGUGGCCUCGGAGGUAUAAUAUCCUGCGGAACAACCCAUACUAUGGUGGUUCCACUCGAUCUGGUGAAAUGUCGUCUGCAAGUUGAUCCCGCAAAAUACAAAAGUGUUUUCAAUGGUUUCCGCGUAACGUUAGCUGAAGAUGGAGUAACCGGGUUGUCUAAGGGUUGGGCACCUACGUUCAUCGGCUAUUCAAUGCAAGGUCUUUGCAAAUUCGGUCUUUACGAAGUUUUUAAAGUAAUGUAUUCGAAUAUGAUUGGUGAGGAAAAUGCUUAUCUGUGGAGGACAUCCUUGUAUUUAGCUGCAUCAGCUUCGGCUGAAUUUUUCGCUGACAUUGCACUAUCGCCAAUGGAAGCCGCAAAAGUGAAAAUCCAAACAACUCCUGGUUUCGCCAAUACCUUGCGUGAAGCAUUGCCUAAAAUGACCCAACAAGAAGGAAUAACAGCAUUUUACAAAGGUCUGGUACCGUUGUGGAUGCGUCAAAUUCCAUAUACGAUGAUGAAAUUCGCCUGUUUCGAAAGGACGUUGGAAUUACUUUACAAAUAUGUUGUUCCAAAACCACGAGCUGAUUGCACCAAAUCAGAGCAACUGGUAGUUACUUUUGCAGCAGGUUAUAUCGCUGGUGUUUUCUGCGCCAUUGUUUCCCAUCCUGCCGAUACAGUCGUAUCAAAACUUAAUCAAGAAAAGGGAGCAAGUGCUUUGGAUGUUGCCAAGAGACUUGGCUGGUCAGGUCUUUGGGGAGGUUUGAUGCCUAGGAUCGUUAUGAUUGGUACAUUAACGGCCGCCCAAUGGUUCAUUUACGAUGCAGUGAAGGUAUGGUUACGUAUGCCGCGUCCACCACCACCAGAAAUGCCAGAGUCGUUGAAGAAGAAGCUAGGAUUACAAACAGGGGGAAACUAAACAGCCUUCUCUUAACUGAUGUAAACUAUGUUUAGAAAAAAAAUACAUAUUUCUGAUAUGCCCCGAACCAUUUCUUAGUUUAUAAUGAAAAGGCUUGUUAUUCUAAAUUUAUAUUAAAAAAAUAUCCUAGUUGCGUU